AUGAUUGACCUAAGCUUCCUAACGGAGGAGGAACAAGAGGCAAUAAUGAAGGUGCUCCAACGGGAUGCAGAACUCAAGAGAAAUGAAGAGGAGAGGGUCAGGCAUUUACCAGAAAAAAUUCAGAAUGACAAUCAGCUAAAGAAUAUGAGCGGGCAGUGGUUUUAUGAAGCAAAGUCAAAGAGGCACAGAGAUAAAAUACACGGAGCAGAUAUCAUUAGAGCAUCGAUAAGAAGGAAACCCACAACAAAAGCUGAGCGGAGUCAGAACAAAUCAGACAAAACAAAGAACAGUUGGGUGAACAAUGUCAAUAAGGAAGUUUCUGUCCCAGCAGAGCUAUCUGGUAUCAGGGAAGAGACAGAAGAAGGGGAAGUGAAAUCCAAUCAAAGUUCUAAUGCACUGGACGCAACCUUAGACAAACCACAGGAAAGCUCAAAGAAGGUAGCUGUGUCACCAGGAAAGCAAAGGAAAAAUCCAUUUAAUGACUUCACUGCACCAGAACAGAACGUAAAAAGUAGGGACUCGGAAAGCGGAACAACUGACCUAUCUCAGAUGUCAAAUGAGGACACACUGACACCUUCAAAGGAGAGCCAAUCCAAGAGAAACGUACUAAACAGUAGGUCAGAGGAACAUUCUGGAGAACAAACUGAUGAGUCACAGAGAAUUGCAGAUCAGCCUCCUGUACCAAAAGCUAGAAAAGUCAUCUACAAAAUAACAGAUCCCAUAUUGGAGAAAGAUGGUUCUUUCCCCAAACCUGCUAAAAGGACUGACUGGGUUAGUGGUGCUGGUACACCACCGAGGGGCAUUCUGAAACGCAGUUCAAGUUCAAGUUCCACUGAUUCAGAAGUUCUUCGUGUUAAUCAAAUCUUUGACCAUCAAAGUAAGACUGGUUUGCCAUCUUCAACUGUUCUCGAAAGAGUAGCUGAGACAAAUCCUCCUGCAGAAGACCCCUCACAAAAUUCACUGGAAAGACUAAAACAGGUCAGGUUCUCUUCCAGUAUAGGUACAAAACAACCUCUUCAGAGCCCCCAACUGCACCAUGGCAAAGAUAUAGGAGAGUUUGACUUACUGGAAUCAGACUAUGUUAAGAAUGCAGAAAAUGACAGUAAUCAGCAGCCACUUUCUGCUAAGACAAAAUCUCCUCAGGUGCCAAAUGCCAGCUCUGCAGACCUUCAACAAGGUUCAGAAGAAUUAGAUCCUAUUUUGAAGGCUUUGAAAAGGAGUGCAGAUAGGCAAAGGCCUUCCAAAAGUCUAGAGGACAUUCCAUCAGCCACAUCAAAUAAAGGAAAAGUAGAUAUUCCAAAAGAAGAAUUAGUACUUAGUGCUGAAGAUGAUCAGAAAACAGAUCAGCAACAAGAGACAAAUGAAAAUGUACAAGGAAUCUCCACAGUGCCUUCAGACCUGGAUAACCAGUUUUCAAAUCCUGAAAAACUCAAAAGACUGAGCCAGUCAGUACCAGCAUUUCUACAAGAAGAGAGUGACAGAGACACUGAUACAACAUCAGAAAGCAGUUAUCCUCAUGGCAGAAUCAAGAAGAGCCCCAGCUCUCUAACCAAUCUUAGCGGCUCUUCUGGCAUGGCGUCCUUGUCUUCUGUGAGCGGAAGUGUAAUGAGCAUCUACAGUGGUGACUUUGGCAAUGUGGAUGUGAAAGGCCACAUUCAGUUUGCCAUUGAUUAUGUAGAACAGCUGAAGGAGCUCCAUAUUUUUGUUUCCCAGUGUAAAGACUUGGCAAUUGCAGAUGUUAAGAAACAACAUUCAGACCCAUAUGUAAAGACUUACCUGCUUCCAGAGAAAUACAAGCUGGGGAAAAGGAAGACCUCUGUGAAAAAGAAAACAUUGAAUCCAGUCUAUAAUGAAAUAUUGCGGUAUAAAAUUGACAAGGCACUGGUAAAGACCCAGAGACUGAAUCUCUCUGUCUGGCACAAUGACACCUUUGGGCGCAAUAGUUUCCUAGGUGAGGUGGAACUUGAUUUGGGAACAUGGGACUGGAAUGACAAACUGAAUAAGCAGAUGAACUGGUUCCUGCUUAAGCCUAGGACUCCAGCAGCAGCUCUUGAACUAGAGAACAGAGGAGAGAUUAAACUAGCCCUUCAGUAUGUCCCACAGCCUGUCGGGGGUAACAAGACCCCGUCCACUGGAGAGGUCCACAUCUGGGUGAAGGAAUGCAAUGACCUCCCUCUCCUGAGGGGCAACAAGAUCAACUCUUUUGUUAAAUGUACCAUUCUUCCAGAUACUAGUAGGAAAAGUCGCCAGAAAACAAGAGCAGUGGCAAAAACUACAAGCCCAGUGUUCAACCACACCAUGGUUUAUGAUGGCUUUAGAGCUGAUGAUUUGAAAGAAGCAUGUGUAGAACUUACAGUCUGGGACCACAACAAACUAGCCAAUCGCUUUCUGGGAGGUCUCAGGAUAGGAAUGGGAACAGGCAAAAGCUAUGGUACUGCAGUGGACUGGAUGGACUCCACUUCAGAUGAAACCACCCUAUGGGAGAGAAUGAUGAGCUUGCCAAACACAUGGGUAGAAGAUACACUGCCACUCCGGAUGAUAAUGGUAGCAAAGCUGACAAAAUAA